UAUAAUUACCCUCGAUCGUCCCUUUCCUCUCCCUGCUGAUGUAGACACCAGUCCUUGCAUCGACUCCCAACGUACUCGCCCUCUCUCUCUCGCUGGUAAGUGAGGAACGGCAGCAGUGAGAGAGAGAGAGAGAGAGAGAGAGAGAGAGGGGUAAUUUCGUAAUAAUGUCGAAAGCUGCAGCUUCGUCUCGAGUCGGAGGAGCCCCGAGAUGUAGCCCUAGCGCUAACCCUAACCCUAACCCUGAUCUCAACACGGCUGGUGACUGGAACCAAAAUCCUUCGAGAAGAAAUCCGUCGAAUGCAACGACUGCGAAGAAGCAGUCCGACACCGCCUCUACUUCGAAGAGUAAGGAGACUCAGCUCAAUGAACAAUUUCCUCCAGAACUCUCAGAGACAGGCAGCGAAGAGACAGAACUUAGCUGUUCUGAGGGAGAUGAUUCAUCAUGGAUCACUUGGUUCUGUGGGUUGAGAGGAAAUGAACUCCUUUGUGAAGUUGAUGAGGAUUAUAUACGAGACGACUUCAAUUUAUGUGGACUGCAAGGACAGGUUCCCUAUUAUGAUUAUGCCUUGGAUAUGAUCUUGGAUGAUGACUCUUUGAGUGCUGAGGUAGAUAGCGAUGAACACAGUCAAAUCGAAUCUGCGGCAGAGUUGUUAUAUGGCCUCAUACAUGCCCGGUAUAUCAUAACCAGCAAAGGAUUAAAUGCUAUGCAUGAGAAGUAUAAGAGAGUGGAUUUUGGAAGAUGCCCUCGAGUUUUUUGUGGAGGGCAGCCAUGUUUGCCCGUGGGAUCAUCAGACAUCCCUCACAAUGGUUCUGUGGAGAUAUACUGUCCAAAAUGCAAAGACCUUUACUUACCAAGAUGCAAGUACCAGAGCAAUAUGGAUGGUGCUUACAUAGGCACAACAUUCCCUCACCUAUACUUAAUGACCUACCCUUCUGCAAAGCCAGUGAAGCCAGUCCAAAAUUAUGUUCCUCGGGUUUUUGGGUUCAAGCUGUACAAGGGUUCCAGAUGACCCAAGAUGGUUUGUGCUGUCCCUUUCUCAGAGUUUCUUUGCAAAUACAUUGGCCAGUAAGCAUUCCGAGGAGGAGAUGGAUGGAUGCAGCUGCCUGUGAUUGAAUUCCUGAUGCUGUACGUCCGAGCUAAUCAUCUAAAACUAGAAUUGCUUCAGAAGAACGGGUGGGCCUCACGAGACAGCUCACAGCACAAUUAGUUUCCAGGUAGCAUCUUAAAAUCCUAUGCCUGGGUGCUUUUCCUUUCCAUAUUUCUGUAUUUACAUAUGAACCAAAAUGCAUGUAAAUGCUGAUUAUAUUCAGUGUCAUUCAUAAAUCAUGUUCAGUUGUGGCUGACCAAGGUACUAAUCGGAUCAUAAUAACGUAGAGUAGAUGUAUCUGUGUUACUGCCUCUACUCUAUAUCCCCUAUUGGUGUAUAUGCUAAAUCAUAUACCCUGCUGUAAAAUUUGAGAAUUGUUUUCCAUUUUUUUGAAGAUAUUGGAAUGUUCUAUGUCAUGAAACCUAAGUUCUUAACAA